ACUGCCUCGUGACUCUGUUGGCAUUGAUUUUGCCAGAGAGUGUGUGUACCUCUUCGUGUCAGUGUCAAGGCGUAGAAUGUCUAUCUGUUAGUGUCAGCGAGCAGUUUAGAACAGUACACUAGAUCUAUCUACUGUUGUUUCCGGAAUAGCAAAUUCGAUAAUUGCCACCAACAGUGGCUUGGGUAUUACCCAACCAUGACAUCUCGAUUAAGUGGCAACUUGUUUCUGGCAUAGCAGAAUCCAUCGAUCGAUGACAGACAAUUCUAAACACUGCCUCGUCUUAAAAUAUAUUCUACAGCAUUUCAAAAGUAUAUCAUUUUUUUCCUUUACAAGGCAACAUGUGUUCUUUGUCAACAAUUCAAUAACGGUAACUCGUAUAAAAACUGCUGUGCAACACUUAUUCUCCCCCUUUCUUUACUGCUUCUGCUAGCAGACGACUCAGCCUCAUGCCUUUUUCCAUUCAAAAACUGGAUAUCGUUGACGUCAAGGCCAGCGACAUAAUGGGCUGCUCUGAAUCGACCCGCGCGUGCCUCAAGUUCACAAUCGUCUUCUUCAACAUACCAAUCAUAGUUAUUGGUGCAGUGUCUCUGGGCAUUGGAGUCUGGGUCACAGUGGAUGACAACUCCUUCUUUGACCUGACCGCCAGCAUCCUUGACCUUCAGGUGCUGGGGCAGGACAUCUUGCGACAAGGUGCCCUGGUGAUGAUUGUCGCGGGCGCCGCCAUGAUCAUCCUGGCGGGAAUAGGGGUGAUAGGCGCCCUGGCCAUGAGCUCAUGCAUAUUGACAUUCUAUGCUGUGGUGUUGAUUUUAUUACUGGUUCUGGAGGUAGCAGUCAUUAUCCUCGGAAUUGUCUUUAAGUCAGAGUGGGAAGCUAAAUCUAGUAUGCUAGUGUUAGGUAAACUGAAAACCCAAUACGGCUACAAUGACUCUGAUUCAAGAGCUCCUUUCACUCGCACCUAUGAUGCCCUGCAAAAAAAGCUACACUGCUGCGGCUGGGAGGGUGGGCCCGACUUCGCCAACGCUACCAUCACCAACUGGAACAACGCAACCUUACGGAAUGGUCUGAAGAGAACAGUUCCUGACUCGUGCUGCAUUGCGGCACCCAAUGUGACUCAGCUGACGGAGUGUACCACCAGCCCUUACAAUAACACAUUCUACUACUCCCAAGGCUGUCGGAAAGUGAUUGAAAGCAAGCUACGCACCUAUCAAUGGGUGGUCAUCGGAGUGACCAUCGCUGUGCUGACCUUUCAGUUUCUUAUCAUCGUGUUGACCCUCAGCCUGGUGGUCCACAACGUCAACAACAAGUAUGACAUGAGCUGAGCCUCUCCUGGACACGCUGGACACCAUUAACAACAUCAAAAUGACCAUCCUUUCUACGAGUAUUCUCGAUGGGGUAUAAAUUGGUUUCUUCAUUGAAUUCCAUCGAUUCUAAAUGUCAAAACAUAAGGGCCGGAUGUUACAAGAAAUCAAAACAUUAACUCCCUUUUUCUUUAAAGACAAAGUGAAAACAAGAUUGAAAGUCGUCAAAGAAAUAGUUACAUUUAUGUAGCGACUUUAAAAUUUCUAUUGCAUUUGGGUUUAAAAAGUUAUUAAUUGACUUAUUUGUGUGUGUAAAUCAACCAGAAAUUCAACAUUAGAAGUACAUUUGAUAUUUUCGAGUCAGAACGGAAGUGGGUUAUGUUGAGACACGAUUUCAAAAGACUUACACAUUUUGCAUGUCGUAAAUAGGACGCACGUGAAUACAAGCACCAUGAACUCCAGACUAUAUGAGACGUCAGUUCGUAACAAACACAACUAAUAGCAACAAACUUUCUUCGGGGGUAUUUGUCUUUCAUCUCACUUGUUCUUGUCCUCGGGUUUUAAUUCUUCUACGAGUUUUGAAAUGUACCCUCACAGUGACUGUCACGGAUGUACUCAAGCUAGAGUUCGCCCCAUAUACUCACAUAGUUUGUAUUUAUUAUUGCCUAUUUGGACAUUGUAUGUUUGUUUAAGAUAUAGACUAGAUCUGUUUGAUUAGAUGCACACGGUUUUAUGAUAAACUCUUUGUGACAUAAUAGAUAAGAUGUAUGUAUAGAGAUCUGUGUAGAUCAAAACGGACUGAAAUGACUGCAUGUUGUUAAAUAUAUUACUAUUAUCCAGACUUAUCUGUAUCUUCAUUGUAAAGACUGAAGUACCUAAUUGAAAUUUAACAUUGAAGAUGUAACUCACUGUAAACUCUUAAUAUAAGUUGAUAACACCUUCGCUUCUUAGUAAACAUUUUAUAAAAUAUCACGCAAUGAUCAUCCGUUAUUAAUUACAGUUAAUGUGUUCACCUUUAUAAUGGCGUCUAACUGAAUGAUGUGAUUGCUUUAUCAUGACUACCAAUUUCGUUUGCUAAAAAAGUUAAUAAGAGUAGUGUACCCUUGAUGUUUAUUUUUUUAAAAGGUCACUCACAAUUUAGACGUUUAAAUAAGGAAAAAUAAAAUAACUUAGAAAAAAAACAACGCUUCUAUUAAGUACAAUUGGCACAAUUAGUUUAGAUCAGUUAUGUAAUUAUGUGUGUAAUUGUCCUAGAUUUAUUAAUUUGUGCGAUAGAAAUAUUUUUACUUAUUGUUUUUGUUUAGUUCUUAGCUUUCUCGAUGCGCCAUUAUCCUAUCACGUGCCUGGACCAGUUGUGAAAGGGGGAGAGAAUAACUGGGUAUCUUGGUGAAUGUUUACAGGAUUAUUUUUUUAAUGCGUAAAAAAAAAAACGUUCACUAAGGGCUCAAAGGGACUAAAUCAACUAACAUCACCUCGUCUGUCAAGUACUAUUUCUUUCUUUCCCUUGUUCAAGAUACCAAAACAAAAUAAUUAAUGACCAAAAGUUAAUUAACUUAAUUUUUAAAUUAUAAUGCCUCUAGCCAUGCGAACCGUCUUCGAUGCUGUAAUUACCUGCAAAGUACACAAUUGAACACCGUAGUAACAUCUGUAACUUACAGGAAGUACAGCCACGCUCAACAUUUUCUUGCCACUUGUAUAUUUUAAACAUUGUUUUUUUAUGUAAAAUAAAUAAAUAAAUUAUAACCUUUAUAUAUAGAGCUACUUUGCAUGCUCAGAGCGCUAAGGUGUGUGUAUGUAUGUGGGGGGGGGGGUGUUUAUCUGGGAGAAGGUUUUCCGUGCUGCCUAUAGGCGCUCAGUAAACACAACUCUGCUCAAGUCGGGUGUCGAACCUCGAGCCCCCUUCAAGCCAAACCAAACACAAGCGUCCUUAGCCUCUCGACCACGCAGCAGGGUUUUAAAGCGAAGGACGUAGACUUGUGAACGUGAAAUCAAAAUGUACAUCAAACUACAAACCAGACUUUGUUCUGAUCUUUGGUUAUAUCUCUCCAUAUUUUGUCCCUUGACUUUCUGACACUUCACGUCACCACAUCGUUCCAUUUUUCCCGGUCAGCAGCUGUUCUCAGCAGGAUGUCAAGAAAGAGGCCGGUGCAUUCUUCUUCGUUGUCCAUCCAGCUUUUCUGUGCACGACCUUUCUACGUGCGCCCUCUAUGGUAUCUUUGUUAGUGAGUCAUGUCUUACAAUAAGACUAAACCAGCUCAGCUUUCGUCUCUUUACAGUAUGAAAAGAAAUUCCACCUUUUUGCCAGCUAGAGUGUUGACUUGUAACAGUACAACAUUUGUCUUCUUUUCCUGGUAUCUGGUGUUAAGGCUUCCAUGCGGUGUUGGUUCUUUGAAAUAUAACUAGUGUAGAUCUACGUCUGACUGGAAGUAACACUGAACUCGAACUACUUCAGUAACACCGGCGAAAGGCCGAAACAAUCAAAAUAUGUAGUCGACGCUGAUGUUGUUUUACAAAUAUAUUUAAUAAUCAAGAAGGGAAUCGUCCGAUGUCAGCUAUGUCCGUAAAUCCGUAUAUCUAUUGUACUGCUGUACACGAAGCGUCUUCUUUUUUGCGUCACUUAGAGCGUUCUUGUUUUUUAACCAACCUUACGUCACUUGUCGCUAAGUAAAACUUUACCCUAUUCCCGAAACAAAUAACUAAAUCCUAAUCAUGUCAUAACACUGGUACCCAGCAUAAUUAUGUAAUAUUUAGUCUCAAAGUUUAGCCUCAGUGUUCAGUGCCCAAAUUGUCAUAGACAUAUAUGAAUCUUUAAAUUUAUGGCCAUGAAAAUACUGUUGUUUUUACGUUCUAUGUGAAAUAUUUCAUGCUAAAAUAUGUUUCUGUCAAUAACAAUUAACCAAGAGUGAAAGUAUUUUUUUUUUGAGGUUUUUUUUUUGUUGAUUUUUUUUUUAAAUUGACAUUUGUUUGGUAGGAGGCUGGAGCGUGUUGAAACUUUUAUAAUGUUUUGAUAUUUUAUUGUGGUCGUUUAAUAUGUGGAACAAUGUCCCCCAAUUCUUCAACGUUGUAAUAAACU